AUGGAUGCCAAUGCCAAUGAUCCACUGGUCCAGGCCCUGCCGCCGGCCACUGACUACCUGACCUACCUCACCCUUCUCGAAUACCAGUUGACGCCCAAACGCCUGCCGCUGCUGCACCAGUUGUUGCAAGAUGAACGCCUCACCACCAACAUUGGCUGGGACCUAGUCAAACUCCUCCUUCCUAUGCUCCCCGCAUCCACCGAGUGCCUCCAAGAUGUAGCCCGACUCGGCAACCCGCGCGAAGUAAUUCUGCGAGUAUCCGAAGCUCUCGAACACCUUCAACCCGAGGAUGACGACGAUGAGCUCGCUGAGGAGGAAAGUGGUGCGGGCAAGUCUCUUCCCUUGCAUGUGAUCCAAUUCAACUGUCUCCUGGGCAUGCUGUCCAUACUCCAUAACCGGAUCAAGACCAAAGCUCCUAGUCGAUUCGUGGGCACCUCUCUCCAGGCCGCCUUGGAGGCCUAUGAGGCGAUGCCCUGUGACGAGUCCACCUUGGCUCUGCUCGAGUUCCUUCGGGACAUAUCCCCCAGCAAACGACCAGCGCCACCCCCGCGGACCCAAAGCCAGUCGAGUGUGCUACGAGUCGAUGCCGCAUCCGCCCCCGAUCCCGAGGCGGAAGCCCAGUCGCCCUCUCCAACGGCUGAUAACGAGACCCUGCUCGUACUGAAACUCAUUCAAUUUGGCUUGGUCGAGAUGCUCAAGUCAUACCUAUUGAGCUUCUCCAGUCCAGCGGAUCCAGGCCUGUCAUGGACCGUUCGCAUGCAAGAGAGCUUGAAUCCAAACUUGCGCUUGCCCGGGCAGUCGCAGCUGGAGGCAUACAAAACUAGUAAAGAACUUAAGGAGCGGGACAUGAUCAUGGGCAAGCUUGUGGCUCUUUCCCGUGAUGUUGGCAUCGACAGCAAGGACCUUUUGUCUAUUAUCACACAAUCGGCGGCGGAUCAGCCCCCUCCGCUUGACUUUGACGAGCCUCCCGUUACGCCUGAUGGGAUCCCACUGGAGCGUCAUGGCGCGCUUUUGCUGCUGGCAGCUCGAGCCGCCGGUGCCACGCUCUUCCCAUCUGGACAUUCCAUGCCGCCACUCCCCGUCUAUCCCGACCUGGCUAGGAUAUUUUCUCAUUUUGUUGGUGGUCAAGACAACCUCGACGAAGUCGCUUUUGGACAGCCUCAAGCCCUGCUGGAUUCCUUGUUGGCACUAACCGUCCACUCCACUCAACAAGAUAUCCCUUCGCCGCCCAGCGACACUGAUUUCAAAGAUUUCGUGGUUACAUUGACUGCUUGUACAGCACGCCAAAGUCACGGUAUCGUGCGGCAGAUCCCGAAUACCAUAGUGCGAGGCAACCCAUCGCAGCUUAUUAGGUUCAAGCUCAUCCGGACGGUCCUGGAAGAUGAUCGUCUGAACUCCGCCCGAGACAGCGCCAUUACCUGGCUCCGGGAAGAGCUUCUCGACGCCCCACCCGAGUCUACAGACACCAUUUUCCGGGAUCCGCUUUACUUCUGGGUGCUGUUCCCUCUGCUCUUCCGCACCGUCAAGACCGCCGCUUCAUCAACAGAUCUGGCUCAGAGCUGGACCCGUCUCACUCAGACCGAUGGACCGGCUUUGCACUCCGCACUGAACCUCUAUUACCUGCUCCUCUCCUCUCCUUUUCUCCGCGACCAUCUGCAUCUGGAAAAGACCGCCAAAUUCUUCCAUAGCCAAGUCCGCACUCCUCUUCGAGAUGCCUUCCGCUCUUUCGAGACCGAUCUUACUUCUAAAGGAGGCGACGGUCUCAUUGAGGCUGCUGUCGGCGAGGAAAUGUGCCAAGUUGGAAAUGAUCGGUCUGUGGGGCUGAUCGGGCUUAUCCUGGAUCAAAUUGAGGAUGUCAUUGCCGAUGCCUUUGGCACCGACGAAGCAGACUUGAAGGCCUACUCCGAGGCGGAUGAAGCGCGACUGGCAGAGAUUCGGAAGGAAACACACAGCUGGGUCUAG